AUAAUAUAAUAUGGACGAUCUUAAUGAAGAAGUUGGUGUCGGUGAGUUGAAUGCAACAGUUGAAGAAACCCCAAAAGAGUUGAAGCGACGACGAGGACCUACUAUUAUGUUUGAUGUAACUCGCAUUAGAAGUUUGGGAGACAAGAAGGUGGUGAGGUACAAUGAAGACGGAGCACCUAUUGGUGAGAAUGGAGCGAAGUUAAAGUCUUUCAUAGGGUCUGCAACCCAUUAUCAUGUCCCUAUCACAUAUAUGUCUUGGAAAAGUGUGCCUGCAGAACUGAAAGAUAAGAUAUUCACUACAGUUGAGGCUGCAUUCGUCAUUGAUCCAAGAUAUAGGAAAAACGUUCUCCAAACUGCAGGUAUUUCGUUUCGUCAGUUUAAGAACUAGCUAACAACGAAAUACAUCAUCCCGCAUAAAGAUGAACCACAAUUGCUUAAAGUUCCACCUGAAAAGUAUUCCUUCAUUGAGCAAAAUCACUGGGAAGAGUUUGUAAGGUCAAGGUUAUCA